CCUUUCGAAUGAAUCCUUGGAGGAGAUUCCGCUUCCUGGAGCAUUUCCUUAAGGCCCUAUAAGAUUAUCAAUAGAUUGAACUUUUUCCAAGCUAAUCUUGUCAACUUUGUUACGCCACGGUACAGAAAGGGAUUUUUGCCUAACCGGCCACUGUACCCGCCUAGAGGCAAACCCAAGGCGCGGCCUUAGCCACGCCCUUGACCUAAUCACAACACAUCGGCGCCGCCCAUGUGGUGGCCGGUUCGCCGGAUCGGCGCUCCCCCACCCCCGAGUCCGGUUCGGACCACCGUUCGCUCCGUGGUGGGAAUUUCGCCCAUAUAACCGGGCGAAACCCGCAGCCACAACUGGGUUACAUGUGUCUUGUCCAUACACGCCCACACGAACGACAAAAUGGCGGCACCGGGCGGCAGAUUUUUCAUCCAUGAUACCCUCUCCAAAAGCAGCACGGCGUCCCACCAUUCCAGCUUCGAGGCGUUGUGGGAGACAAAAUGGAAGACAGCGUGCGAAAGGGGAAUUUAUCCUUUUAUGUUUGGUGCCAUAGUCGACUUCCAGCCCGUGGUUGACGACAUCAUCAAGAAAGGGCUAAAAGAGCCAUAUGACUGGGACGAGUACGCCCAGUGCUUCUUCUCCAAGGCAGAGAGCCUUGCCAACACUGCCAAGAAAGCAGAGGAAGCUGGAGAGCGAGAGAGGGCGUCCGAGUACUACCUGCGAGCAUCGGCCGUGUACCGUAUUGCUCGGUUCCCUGCCCCAAGGUCGAAGCAGCAGCGGGUGGCAUGGGAAAAGGGCAAAGAGGCCGCCGUAAAAGGCCUCGGCCUGCACGAGUUCCCCAUGGUGCCCGUCGAGAUCCCACACGUAAAGCACGCUAAGCCCGGCGACGGCUCCGUCCUGCCGGCCUUUUACCACCUCCCAAAACACGCCUCCAAGUACGCCCCCGUGCCGCUUAUCAUCAUCUUCACCGGCCUCGACGGGUAUCGCACCGAGCUGGCGGUCUGGAAGGAAGGGUGGCGGCAACUCAUCUGCGCGACGCUGGUGGUGGAGAUUCCCGGAACGGGCGAUAACCCGGGGCUGAAGUCUGACCCGGAGAGCCCGGAUAGGGUCUGGAGCAGCCUUUUCGACUGGGUGGCUGAGCAGAAGGCCAUCAACCAGGCCAAGGUCGUCAACUGGGGCUUCAGCACCGGAGGUUACUACUCCAUCCGGCUGGCGCACACGCACGCCGACAAGCUCAAGGGCGUGGUGGCGCUGGGCGGCGGGUGUCACUACAUGUUUGACCCGGACUGGCUUGACUGCGUCAACUCGCUCGAGUAUCCGUUUGACCUCGCGCACACCCUGGCGCACAAAUUCGGGUAUGAGAACGAUCUGCAGCGCUUCAAGGACGAAGCCAUGGGCACGUUCUCGCUUCUCAACGACGGCACGCUUGAUAAACCCUGCGCCAAGUUGCUGCUCGUCAACGGUACCGAGGACGAGAUCUUCCCGAUCGACGACUACUACCUGUGCCUUCAGCAUGGGAGCCCCAAGGAAGCCAGGUUCGUGCCCGGGAUCAAGCACAUGGGCGAGCCGGAAUCGUUCGGCAUCAUUUUGCAGUGGCUGUUCCAGCUGCUGGAGAUUACGGGCAACGUGAGGGAGUUUUUGAACACCAUUCCUUUCAAGCCCAAGUUCUGAGACGGAAUGACACGAUGGAGAAAGGGUGCGAUCGUGUCUCACGGGUGACCGGGGAGCUGCGCACGCCAUGGGUGAAGGAUCAGCGGUAUUGUCUGUGGCGUCUAUUGUUCCGGUCUAGACUCUGGUGAGAGGCGGGUGGCGCUGGCCGGGUUGGAUGUCAGGCGCCUUGGCGUGCUCAUCGCGGGCAUAUGUUUAUGGAAUAACCCAGGUAGAAAUUGUGUAAGGGAGCCGCGUGUCAUUCCACCUGGCCCAUUCGAGCGAUAUCUGACACCUCGGAGC